AGUGGGAACGCUUCUCGAGCGAUAAGGUCUACAAGUCACCACUACGCCAGGGCAGGUUUUUUUUUGUGUGUUGUUUUUUCUUUUCCGGGAAAUACGUAACGCCUACAGCGACUGCUACACAACUAGAUCUAGGUAGAUUGAUAUAAGGCUGUACCUUUUUUUUCAUAAAACACUGACUCUACUGGAGGCUGAUAAUGAAAUGAAACUGAAAUACGCUUGUAGAUGACUUAGUUGACUUGUACUAACACGACUCUAGGUGUAUCUAGUUCAUCUUUUAAAGUAAACGGUACAUUGGUCAACCAAAAUCUAAUAAGUUGAAACUGGUUUACUUCAAGAAUAUAGUCGAUACUAAUGGAAAGUCUACUGAAACGUUUCAAGUGAAAGAAACAGACAGAUCUUUAAACCUCUAUUGUUGUUGACAAAACAUUUCCAACACCAGAGUGAUUAAGAUUAGGAUUACGUGUCAGAGUUUUUUUUUAGUGAGACUUGACUAUAAAAUUUGUUUUACACUAUAAUGCCACCAAAUCGAUAUUCCAUAGUCUCUAUAUUAAGUAACAGCUCAUCUGAUACAGCGUUAUCCAUAAGGACAAGCUCUACAAACCCUUCGUUCAUUAGGCCUACCUACCCUCGGCCUCUUCCUGAAAUACCAGACAUGAAUCCUUUAAUAACACCGCGUCCACCUCCCCCUGUGCCGCCCGAAGUUACUAUUACACAGUCAACUCUACUGCCUCAUCCAUCACACUCACGUACACGGUCCAGAAGUCAAAAACACUGCUACCUUAGAAGACGCACUCUUAUCCUCUUGAGUAUUUUUUCGUUCGCUCUGAGCAUUGCUGCCGUUAUUAUACUGACAACCAUGCUCGUAAUCCAGACCAAUCAGCCAGAUGCUGCGUUUCCCGAAGGCGCGUACGAGGCAUGCUUAAAGUGCAUCAUCCUCAAGCAAAACCCUGAUGACACAAGGGAGGAGCCUUUGUUUAAACACCUGCAUAAUAAAGUUCAAAAUGGAGAGUUAAUGUGCUGCGCCAGGACCAGUGUUGGAUUAUCAUCCCUUUUGCAACUUAUGACCAGAAGACUUCAGAAUGUUCCCAUUCCAGAACCCUUGUCUUUGAACCAUUACAAGUUUAGUCCUGUGAGUGCUCAUGUGGCGUUCAAGAAUGUAGAUCCGUCAGACAGUGAUCGUAACGUGCCUUUAAAGUUUGACUUGGAGAUUAGUGACGGUGUCAGCCAACCAACUCAUGCUCGGGAGGUCACAGUGACCCAUGACACCAUCAGGAUUCUGCACACAGGAUGGUACUAUGUCUACUCCAGUGUGUAUUUUAACCCACCUGCCGACAUGCCUUGUCAAAACUUCAAAUAUCAAACAUGGGGAAACAAUAUAAAUAAAAUAAAUCCUCAAAAACCGGAUCAGUCUGGCUGUUUAGCAAAAACAGCUCAUACUUGUUGUAACACCUGUGUGACUGAUCACCAUAGCAGUUUUACAGGUGGAGUUUUCCAUCUGACCAGUGGAGAUCGUCUUUUUGUUGAUUCCUCUGCAGACGGCAUCAUUAAAUACGAUCCAAGAGUAUCCUAUUUUGGGCUUGUUAUGUUGGGAACGAACAGACCUGAUAACAUGUAAAUCUAGAAGUUAAGAGACCUGAAGAGACUAGACACAUUACUAACGACAUGUAAACCUAGGAACUAGCAGACCUGAAGAAUUAAGUAUUUGAGAAUUUAAAUGAACUGUUUGGUUUGUAUAAAAUAAAUCAUUUUAGUGAUACUAUGAUUGUAUGCUUGAAAGAAGUGUAAUGUAUACACAUGUACAUAAAUGUAACAUUAAUAACACACAGUAUCACUGAUGACCUAUUUUGUUACUUGAUCUAUCUGAAUGGUAUUUUCAUGUAUUUAUAUGCAGGAGCCAGUACUUUCAUAGUAUACAUAUCCAAAUCGAUAUCAUUCCUCUUCUAUGCCAUAAAUCAAUUCUUGUCUAUUUGUAAUACAUUACUUUCCUAGUUUACUCUUGUAUAUGGUGUGAGGACAUGUUUGGCUAAUGUAAAUACUGGUAUUUCUCGAGAGCACCAGCAUUAUUGGAUACAUAUUUUUUUAGUCUUUAAAAGACCUUUUGUUAGGUCAUUAUUUCAGCACACCUAAUUAUUUUCAUCUGGAAAUAGGCAGAAGUUGUCAUUAGUUCAUUGGGUAUUUAUCUCUGUAGCACCAUUUAUUAUUAAAUAAGUACAAAACAAAAAGGGUUCAGAUCUUUGGACCAGAUAUUAACAUAAGAUAAAAAAAUUCCUUCAAGCUUUCACUUUCCUCGUGUUUGAGGGAAAGGUUACCGACGCUCAAUGCUAGAAUCAAACAUUGUUUCUUAAUAAUAUGAAAGUUUAUUUGCUGCAUUACAAAGUGUUCAUACAAUUCCUUAUUUAUUCUAUUGCCCUUUCAAGUGACUGCAUUAGAAUACAAUACGAAGAUUGUAUUAGUGGGGAAAAAAAAUAACUCCAGGUUAAAAAAAAUAUAUAUUUAGUCAGUAGCGGCCUUAGGGGGAGGCAAGUGGGGCAACUCAAUAUUUCCCAAAAUCUAUAUGAUACAAAUUACCAUGUAAGGUCUUAACAUGACAUUUUUGGUUUGGAAAUACUGUUCAGUUUCGGUAAAGACAGCAUCUAAUGACCUGCUGAGUCUACGAGGCUAUUAUCGUUCAACAGUUCACAAUAAAAGCACGUAGGUGGAAGCAACCAAUCCAAGUCGUCUAUUUCAUAUUUAAACAUCGACGUCCAAACGGAUUUUAUUAGGAAAAUGUGAAUUGAUACAGUUUGAACUUUCUUUUACGUUAUGGAAACUGUAUAUGACAGUCAUUUGUAGUAACAUAAAUACAACUUUUGAAAAAUUGAUUUAAAAAAAAAAUGAAAAUUAAUAAAAUAAAUAUAUGUGUUUUCUUGACUGUCGCUGGUGAUACGUUUGAAGACCGCACGCGAAGGUCAGAUUGUCGCGGUAUUUAAGAGGAGACAUAAUUUAGUAGUGCGGGAGUGCUUUCCUUUUUAUAAGCAUCUGUUUAUGCAGAACAAUUACACUACGGUAUAUAAUGUACUUACGUCAUGUAACUACGUCAUGUUCUAUGUGUUGUAGCAAAAAUAAGGCCCUCGGCUUAGAGGCGGACAUACUGUAGUGUUAUUGUUGCAGCGUUAGAGACGGAUGAGCCCGUUAGCGUGAUGACUUUACGGUAUGUAGAAAUAGUCUACCCUUACGGCUAAGGGACCCGCACAUGACGCUUGCCCAGGGCCCCGCGCACUGCUAAGGCCGCCCCUGAUUUUAGCACACACACACAUAUCUACAAACUAAUUGAGGGCAUUCCCCCAAAACACACACACACAUCUAAAAACUGAUUGAGCGCAUUCUCCAAAACAGACACACAUAUCCACAUACUCGUUCACAAACACGCACACAUAUGUCGCUCUCCGAAAUUCGGUAGAAAAUAACAAUUGGAAAAUGUAAAGUAAUCAUCUUUGGAAAUAUGUUAGUUCCACUCAGAAGUAGAUCUAGCUAGAAUAUACUAGAGAUGGAAGAUUCUAGAGUCAGACUGAACCAAUACUUACUUCACAUAUCACUUGUCCAGGGGGAUUAGGGGUGGCUAGCAGCAGAUAUAGGUUGGGACCUUAUGAAUUAUACUAAAUAACUUUUUUUCUAUAAAGAUUUAACCUUAUUUUGUUUUUAAUUGUACAUGUGUAGUACUUUAAAAUUGUAGCUUAUCGUUGACACGUAAUAUUUUGGCAUCUGUAUUCUACGUUUUUAUUUGUUUCAUAGUGAUUCAAAUUGUAAUAGAUCAUUAAACAUAUUAACCAAGUUUAAUAUGAAAUAAUGAUUCUACAGAGGUUGUAUCGUAGACCAUUCACAUAAUUUACAUACGACUUCUGUGUUUCUUGUUUUUGGCAUAUAUUUGUAGAUAAUGUAAAUAUUUUUAUCACCAUAUAAAUAUUUUAAAAUGUUUUAAACUGUACAUCUUUUAUGCUUAUGUUGAUUCUUGAAUAAAAGUUUGGAUUCAA